AUGGAUCCAAGUGUCAAACUACUACCCAUUCAGGGGGAGCCUCUUUCUGACUCAGGAAGGUAUAGGAGAUUGGUUGGAAAGUUGACUUAUAUCACAGUCACUCGUCCGGACAUUUCUUUUGCAAUCAGUGUAGUAAGCCAGAUCUUAAACUCCUCUUGUCAGGAAUACAUGGAUGUUGUUAUCCGGAUUCUGAGAUACAUCAAAUGUGCUCCAGGAAAAGGUCUAGUAUGUGAAGAUAAAGGAUAUACUCAAAUAGUUGGAUACUCCAAUGUUGAUUGGACAGGGUCACCCAUUGAUAGACGAUCCACCUCAGGGUAUUGUGUACUUGUUGGAGGAAACCUUAUAUCUUGGAAAAGUAAGAAACAAAAUGUAGUUGCAAGAUCAAGCGUCGAUCCAGAUUAUAUGGCAAUGGCAACAUGUGAACUCAUUUGGUUAAAACACUUGCUCAGAGAACUUAAAAUUGAAGAAGCAAGACCAAUGAAAGGACCAAACAUAUUGAGAUAG